AUGGCUGUGGCCUCUGCCGCCCCAGGGAGCAUCUUCUGGAAGCAGCUCCUAUUCUCUCUCCUGGUUUUAAUAUUAUUUUGCGAUGCUUGUCAGAAAAUUUCUCUUCAAGUUCCUUCUCAUCUUCGGGCUGAAGCACUUGUAGGCAAAGUGAAUCUGAAGGAGUGUCUCCAGUCCGCCAGCCUAAUCCAGUCAAGUGAUCCUGACUUCAGGAUUCUAGAAGAUGGCUCCAUUUACACAACGCAUGACCUUGUUUUGUCUUCUGAAAAGAAGAGUUUUUCCAUUUUGCUCUCAGACAGUCAGGGACAGGGGCAGAAGGAGAUAGAAAUCAUACUGGAAGCAGGAGGAAAGAAGGUUCCUAAGAGACAUAUGAAAGACGCAGUCCUCAGGCGAAGCAAGAGGCGAUGGGCGCCUAUUCCAUGUUCACUGAUGGAGAACUCACUAGGUCCAUUUCCACAGCACGUGCAGCAGGUUCAGUCUGAUGCUGCACAAAACUACACCAUCUUUUACUCCAUAAGUGGACCAGGGGUAGACAAAGAGCCCUUCAAUCUGUUCUUCAUAGAGAAAGAUACAGGGGAUAUAUUUUGUACAAGAAGCAUAGACCGUGAGCAAUAUCAAGAGUUUCCGAUCUAUGCCUAUGCAACCACUGCAGAUGGUUAUGCACCUGAGUACCCACUUCCCCUAGUAUUCAAAGUGGAAGAUGACAAUGAUAAUGCCCCAUAUUUUGAAAACAAAGUGACUGUCUUUACUGUGCCUGAGAAUUGCCGAACUGGAACCUCAGUGGGAAAAGUGACCGCAAUAGACCUCGAUGAACCUGACACUCUACAUACUCGUCUGAAAUACAAAAUCUUGCAGCAAAUUCCAAACAAUCCAAGACAUUUCACCGUACAUCCAGACACAGGUGUCAUCACCACAACCACGCCUUUACUGGAUAGAGAAAAAUGUGAUACGUACAAGUUAAUAAUGGAAGUUCGAGACAUGGGGGGCCAACCUUUUGGUUUAUUUAAUACAGGAACAAUUACUAUUUCUCUUGAGGAUGAAAAUGAUAAUGCACCAUAUUUUACACAAACUUCUUAUACUGUAGAAGUAGAAGAAAACAGAAUUGAUGUUGAAAUUUUACGAAUGGCGGUACAUGACCAUGAUUUGCCAAACACACCUCACUCGAGAGCUGUGUACCAGAUCCUAAAGGGAAAUGAAAACGGAACCUUCCAAAUCAGUACAGACCCAAAUACAAAUGAAGCAGUCUUGUGUGUUGUCAAGCCACUGAACUAUGAAGUCAAUCGCCAAGUUGUUUUGCAAAUUGGUGUCCUUAACGAAGCACAAUUCGCUAAAGCAGUAAACUCGAAAACGACGACGACUAUGUGUACUACGAUUGUCACUGUUAAAGUUAAAGACCAUGAUGAGGGUCCUGAAUGCCAACCACCAGUAAAAGUUAUUCAGAGUGAAGACUGCCUCCCUGCAGGCACAGAACUCCUUGGAUACAAAGCGGUGGACCCUGAUAGGGGCACUGGCGAGGGCUUAAGGUAUAAGAAGAUACAAGAUGAAGAUAACUGGUUUGAAAUUAAUGAAUACACUGGUGACUUGAAAACUGUAAAAGUGCUAGAUAGAGAAUCAACAUUUGUAAAAAACAACCAAUACAAUGUUUCUGUGAUUGCAUUCGAUGCAGACGGCAGAUCUUGCACUGGAACGUUAGUAGUUCUUUUGGAAGAUAAAAACGACCACCCACCGCAGAUAAAAGAAGAAGAACUGACAAUGUGCCGGCAUGAUAAGGAUUAUGUUGUCCUCGAAGCUACAGAUCAAGAUGGACCUGACAAUGGGCCACCUUUUCAAUUCAUUCUCAAUAAUUCUGCCAACAAACUUUGGACAGUGGAGACAAGGGAUGGUAAAACUGCCAUUCUUCGGGGGCGGCAAGAUCUUGAUUAUAACUAUUACACUGUUCCUAUCCAAAUAAAAGACAGACAUGGCGCUUCUGCAACACACAUGUUAUCAGUGAGAGUAUGUGAUUGUACAAUUCCAUCCGAAUGUAGAAUGCCUGAUAAACUUUCAAGAGAGGCGUCGCUAGCAAAUGUAUUCCUUGGAAAAUGGGCAAUUCUUGCCAUGGUGUUGGGUUCUGUGUUGUUGUUAUGUAUUUUGUUCACAUGUUUCUGUGUUACUGUUAAGAAAACAGUAAAGAAAUGUUUUCCAGAAGAUGUAGCCCAGCAAAAUUUAAUUGUAUCAAAUACUGAAGGACCUGGAGAAGAAGUGAUGGAUGCAAAUAUUAGACUCCCUACACAGACGUCCAACGUUUGUGACACAAGCAUAUCUGUUGGCACCCUUGGUGGCCAAGGAGUCAAAACACAGCAAAGUUUUGAGAUGGUCAAAGGCGGCUACACUUUGGAUACCAACAAAGGAGGUGGACAUCAGACCCUGGAAUCUGUUAAGGGAGUGAUGGACACUGGCAGAUACACAUACAGUGACUGGCACAACUUCACCCAACCUCGGCUCGGCGAAAAGGUGUAUCUGUGCGGACAAGACGAGGAACACAAGCUCUGCGAAGACUACGUUCGCUCCUAUAACUAUGAAGGGAAAGGGUCUGUGGCCGGCUCAGUGGGCUGUUGCAGCGAUCGGCAGGAAGAAGAGGGGCUUGACUUCCUAGAUCAUCUGGAACCCAAAUUUAGGACGCUAGCAAAAACAUGUGUAAAGAAAUAA